CCUCCUCAUCUUCGUAGGAGAUUUCCAGUCAAAUCGUACACCGUUCAUCAUGACACCUCUCUCUCUCUCGCUCUAUAGACGACUCGAUCCUCUGGAGAGCUAAAAUCGGGAUUCUCAAACAAUGACAGGCUACAGAGCACACAUAUGCCAGUGCCUGGGACGGAUUUCGACUUUCCGGCGGGACUCUCCGGUCAGCGAGUGCGAGGGCCGGCGCAAAACCGGCAAGGAGUUGGUGACAGAGGUGCUCGCCAUCGCCGGAGGGCUGACGGAGCUUGGCUUGAGGCCCGGAGAAGUGGUUGCAGUUGCAGCACUCAACAGUGACUUCUAUCUGGAGUGGAUGUUGGCUAUCACAUUUGUUGGUGGAAUUGUUGCUCCCCUUAACUAUAGAUGGAGCCUGGAAGAAGUCAAAGCGGCCAUGGAGUCGGCAAGUCCAGCCAUUUUAGUGGUGGAUGAGCAGUGCAAGUCAUGGGCACCAAAGCUUUGGGGCAGCAUUCCCUCUGUGAGGUUCCACCUCUCCAUUGAUCCUUCCGUCAAUAUCCAAACACAUGGAAUUAUUGCCAGGUGUGUUCCGGAGUCACAAGAAGUGUCGAUAUUCGACUUCCAAUGGUCGCCCAAGUCUAUUGCCAUAAUAUGCUUCACGUCAGGGACAACAGGAAGGCCAAAAGGAGUUGCAUUAAGCCAUGCAGCUUUAGUGGUUCAGUCUCUGGCCAAGCUUGCUGUUGUUGGCUACAAUGAGGAUGAUGUGUAUCUUCAUACAGCUCCCCUCUGCCACAUUGGUGGCAUUUCCUCAGCAUUGGCAAUGUUAAUGGUUGGGGCCUGCCAUGUGGUCAUGCCCAAAUUCUCUGCAGAAUUAGCCUUUCAAUUCAUUGAACAGCAUUCUGUGACUUCCUUUAUCACUGUGCCUGCAAUGAUGGCUGACUUGGUCUCUUUCUCUGGAAAUCUAAGAAUUGGGGGAAGUGUGAGGAGGAUACUCAAUGGUGGUGGAAGGUUGUCCCAGGAGCUGUGUCAGAAGGCCUCGCAGGCAUUUCCCAAUGCAAAGCUUCUCUCUGCCUAUGGUAUGACAGAAGCAUGCUCCUCGAUAACAUUCAUGACCUUAUACAACCCAGAGAAGCAAGGCACUUCUGCUAGUCCUCAUGACUUUUCUAGUGACACAGGCCAAACAGUUCCAGGUCCUAGUGGUAUUUGUGUUGGGAAACCACCACCACAUGUUGAAAUACAGAUAAGGAAAAACGGAAAGCUGGUCAAUUCUUUUGUUGCGGGAAGCAUACUAACAAGAGGAAUGCAUGUGAUGGAUGGGUACUGGUGCAAUGCACCAGAUAACCUGAGUCCUGUCUUUUGCAAGUGUGGUUGGCUGGAAACAGGUGACAUUGGUUGGGUGGAUGAUUAUGGUAACUUAUGGCUUCAAGGGCGAAGUAAGGACCGGAUCAAGAGUGGUGGAGAGAAUAUUUAUCCUGAGGAGGUGGAGGCAGUAUUAUUGCAGCAUCCAGGAAUUUUGGAAAGUGUCAUUGUUGGAAUUCCAGACACUCGGUUGUCAGAGGCAGUGGCUGCAUGCAUCAGAGUUAAAACAGAGUGGAAUUGGAUCGACGGGAAUUCAAGUUUUUUGUCCCCAGAUGUGAAAUCGCAAAAUCUAUCGUGCAAAAUUUUGCAGUCUCACUGCAAGCGGAUGCAUCUUUCUGGAUUCAAAAUUCCAAAGAUCUUCAUUCCUUGGAAGAAAUCGUUCCCAUCGACCUCAAGUGGGAAGCUGAUGAGAGACAAGGUGAAAGAAGAAGCCAUGGCUCACCUGCAAGCACUGCAUAGCAAUCUAUAAAUAAUGGACACAAGUUCCGCCAAUACCACAAGCCUACAGUCUCUCAGAGCUUCUGGCCCAAAAUUUUAUCAUGUUAUUAGCUGCUAUGGAGAUGUAUUUUCCCCUUUCCCAAUUCUUUCAUGUAAAGAUCACAAGUUAUUUAUUGUAUUAUGAUUCACUGAAAAGUUUACCCGCCCAAGAUUGCCCAUAUAUGGUCACCAU